AUGUGUGUUGAAGCGUCGAUUUGCAUUUUAAUCGGUCACGUUCGAGCCUCCGAUUUCAGCGAUUUAAGGGGUCCAUACUGCGAAAAGAGAUCAGGAGGAUGCUGUCCGGGACGAAUGGACGAAUGUUCGGUACCCAUUUUAGGUACUCUUUGUUACUGCGAUGAAUUUUGCAACAGGACGAGAUCCGACGAUUGUUGUCCCGAUUAUUGGACGUUUUGCAAAGGAUUUCCGGUUCCGUCUCCGGCACCGGAACCCACAAGGAGAUGCUAUCACGGUGGAAGAUAUUACAAUUUUGGAGAAGAAAUUAAAAUGAACUGCAAUAAAUGCAAAUGUGAUUCCGUGAGUUCUUUCACGAUAGAAUUUCUAUGCGAACAAAAUAUAUGCCUUGUCGAACCCGGCGUCAUAUCGGCCGUAAAUUCGAAUCGAGAACUCGGUUGGUCAGCAACGAAUUAUUCAAUGUUUUGGGGUAAAACUUUAGACGAAGGUAUCACUUACAAAACGGGAACUUUGCUCCCGCACAGAACGGUUAAAAGAAUGAUGCCGGUUAAGGUUAAAUCAAAAGGAAAAUUACCCAAUUCAUUCGAUGCGAGAAAUAAAUGGCCUGGAUGGAUAAGCGGACCCGCAGAUCAGGGUUGGUGUGGAGCAUCUUGGGCCGUAAGCACAGCAUCCGUCGCUAGCGAUAGAUACGCCAUCAUGUCCAAAGGUUUGACGAAAGUAGAUUUAUCUCCUCAACAUUUGUUGUCGUGUAAUAAAGGUCAAAGAGGUUGUCAGGGAGGUCAUUUAUCCAGGGCUUGGACUUUCAUACGAAAAUUUGGGUUAGUUGACGAUUAUUGUUAUCCGUGGACGGGUACUCCGACGAAAUGUAAAAUUCCAAAAAGACCAAAUUUCGACGCAUUAUCAUCAAUAUGUCCUCCGUCUUUGGGUUCGAACCUUCGUUCGGAACUUUACAGAGUCGGACCCGCGUAUAAAAUUCAAGAUGAAAAAGAUAUAAUGGAAGAAAUAAUGCAAUCCGGACCGGUGCAAGCCACGAUGAAAGUUUAUCAAGAUUUUUUUUCGUAUAAAUCCGGCGUAUACACGAAAUCAAACACGGAGAGAGAAUCGUCCAAUUUUGGUUAUCAUUCUGUUAAAAUUCUCGGUUGGGGAGAAGAAACAAACAUUUACGGACAGCCCAUUAAAUAUUGGCUUGCCGCCAAUUCGUGGGGUCAACAAUGGGGCGAAAAUGGUUUUUUCAAAAUUCGAAGAGGUACUAACGAGUGCGAAAUUGAAGAAUUCGUAUUGGCUGCUUGGGCGGAAACAAACGAUCCCUCACGCGAAAUAAUAACGAAAUUUCAACAGGCUUUCAUGCAAGGACAACCAUUAUACGUCAAUAAAAUAAACGACACGUUGUACUUUGACAGGUCGGGUAGUAGACAUCACGGAUGA